UUCAUUAAUUCCAAAACAACUACUCCUAAACCUAAUACAAUAUAGCUAGCUAGCAACUUAUUAUUAUUAGCCAGAAAAAAAAAAUAUGGCUGACACUAUUGAAGGUAUAGGAGAGCCUGGAAGCUCCAUGCAUGGAGUCACCGGAAGAGAGCAGACCUUCGCUUUCUCGGUUGCUUCUCCGAUGGUCCCGACCGAUACGACGGCGAAGUUCGAUUUGCCUGUGGAUUCAGAACACAAGGCUAAAGUGUUUAAGCUCUUCUCCUUGGCUAAUCCCCACAUGAGAACCUUCCACCUCUCUUGGAUUUCCUUCUUCACCUGCUUCGUCUCUACAUUCGCAGCGGCCCCUCUCGUCCCCAUUAUCCGGGACAACCUUAAUCUCACCAAAGUUGACAUCGGAAACGCCGGCGUUGCCUCUGUCUCCGGCAGUAUCUUCUCUAGGCUCGUGAUGGGAGCAGUUUGCGAUCUUUUGGGACCAAGAUAUGGAUGCGCUUUUCUCAUCAUGCUCUCCGCGCCGACAGUGUUUUGCAUGUCAUUUGUCUCCUCAGCCGGUGGGUACACCGCGGUGCGUUUCAUGAUUGGUUUUUCUUUGGCGACGUUCGUGUCGUGCCAAUACUGGAUGAGCACCAUGUUCAAUAGUAAGAUCAUAGGGCUAGUCAAUGGGACCGCCGCUGGGUGGGGAAACAUGGGCGGAGGAGCCACGCAACUUCUCAUGCCCGUGGUGUACGAGUUGAUCCGGAAAGCUGGGGCGACACCGUUUACAGCUUGGAGGAUUGCCUUCUUCAUCCCUGGAUGGCUUCAUGUGAUCAUGGGUAUUUUGGUCUUAACACUUGGCCAGGACUUGCCCGAUGGGAACCUUGGUGCCCUACAGAAGAAGGGUGAUGUUGCCAAAGACAAAUUCUCCAGGGUGUUAUGGUAUGCCAUUACCAACUACAGGACAUGGAUCUUUGUCCUUCUCUACGGCUACUCCAUGGGUGUUGAAUUGUCCACUGAUAAUGUUAUCGCUGAAUACUUCUAUGACAGGUUCAAUCUCAAGCUACACACCGCUGGUAUCAUAGCCGCUUCAUUCGGUAUGGCUAACCUUUUGGCUCGUCCCUUCGGCGGCUGGGCCUCAGACGUGGCGGCUCGACAUUUCGGCAUGAGAGGCAGACUAUGGACCCUUUGGAUCCUCCAAACCAUGGGAGGUGCCUUCUGCAUUUGGCUAGGCCGCGCCAACACCCUCCCCCUCGCCGUGUUCUCCAUGAUCCUCUUCUCAAUCGGAGCUCAAGCAGCUUGCGGCGCAACAUUCGGCAUCAUCCCCUUCGUCUCCCGGAGAUCCCUGGGAAUCAUAUCAGGCUUGACUGGAGCCGGAGGAAACUUCGGGUCCGGGUUGACCCAACUAGUUUUCUUCUCCACUUCGAGAUUUUCUACCGCUACAGGAUUGUCCCUUAUGGGGGUAAUGAUUUGUGCUUGUACUUUACCUGUGACCCUAGUCCAUUUCCCACAGUGGGGUAGCAUGUUCCUUCCUCCUUCCAAGGACGUGGUCAAGGCUACCGAAGAGUCUUACUAUGAAGCUGAGUGGACUGAGGAGGAAAAGGCCAAGAAUUUGCACCAGAACAGUAUCAAGUUUGCCGAGAACAGCAGGUCGGAGCGUGGACGACGCGUUGCUUCGGCUCCAACUCCACCAAAUGUUACACCUUCCCACGGUCAUGUUUGAAGAGAAAUAUAUAGUAUAUACUACGAAUCUGAAUUACAUGUGUUUCUUGAGUCAACACAUUUAAGACAUAAAUUGUACGUAACCUCUGUCUACCGUUCUUUUUGGUAGUUCAAUUGAGACAAGGACAAGAAAUGAAGACUCAGUAUUUAUAGUCUUAUAAUAUCUCUCCAAAUAUUUGCUCAUUAGACCUAUAAAUUUAAAUGGUCAUGAUUGAAAAUUACACCCCAAAUCUCAUUUUGGCUCAUUAUCAACUA